AUGUACCACUUCCAGCUCCGGUGGGAGCGGAAGAGAGACAAGGCAGCGGCAGUGCGCCCACCUACAAAGAGAUCGGCGGCAAAGGAGGCCAUGGCGCGGGCAAUGCUGGGUGAGAUACAGGAACACGACGAGUGGCAACAUGAGCGGGGGCACCCACUGGAGCGAAGAUGGGUUUACCUUUGGGAGGAGGAUGAUGAAAGGCCAGCAGUGUACACCGAGCAGGAGAUCUGGCUGCCAGCAGAGUGUGAGGAGGAAUCGGUGGACAAGAAGCGGGAAGACUUCGGCUGGCUAGAAGAGGCAAUUGAGAGGCAGCGGCGCCGAGAGCGAGAAGAGAGGGAGUUCGGCUACAGCGGCUUCGCCCUCAUGGCAGCAACGAAAGAGACAGCUUCGGUCACGGAGACAGCAGGAAGUGAGCACACGGGUAGCAACACAGAGACAGGAGGGGCAACGGCCAUGGGAAGGGAGGAGGCAGAGCAGCCGACCGUGAAGGAAGAGCCAGCGCAGCAGGCAGAGCGACAGCCGGAGUGGGUAAUCAGAGAAGGGGUGUCGGAGGAGGACGCCACGAAAUGA